AUGACAAAUUUAGACAGUGAUGAUAUGCUAACUGACAAGCUUCAUAAGCCCAAGAGCUCGAAAGAAUGGUUGGAACCACAGCCACUUCAUCUUAUGGAGGUAUUAGCUAAAGAAGAUAUUGAUGCAGCUAUUCAAUCAAUAUUAUAUAGAGAAAAUCAUGUAAUUAAGGAACUAGAUAAGUAUUUACAACAUCAUGACUUCUUAAAUGCAAGAAGAAAAGAGAGGUUAUAUAAAAGAUGGACUGACCACGUGGCAGAUCCUCUCCAGAAGAAAAUUAUAGAAAAAGUUUGUUCACAUAAGAAUAUUAAAAAAAGGAGACAAGAAGAAUUAGAUGGUUUUUUAAAACAUGUAAAUAAAAAGGGAAAUGCAUUUAUAGAGCAUUAUGAUCCAAAAGAGUAUGAUCCUUUUUAUAUGAACAAAGAGGACCCGAAUUUUCUGAAGGUUACCAUUCCACCAUUUCGUGAUCCUUUGAAAAAGGCACAAUAUGACAAAGAUGAUGAUAAAAGAACUCUUCUUCAGUGUGAGACUGGCAAAAUAUGUACAAUGAAAGAAUUUAAAGAGGUUGAGAAGGCCAAACUGCAUUCCAGGUUUCCAAGAAUUUCUAAUUCAAGGCACUUUAUGACUCCAAAUAAAUGGCUUAUGCUGCCUACAACCUACAUAGAAAGUGAAUUUUGUAAAAGGAGCAGGUUAAAAGUGAAAGUGAAUUUUAACAAUGGUAAUUUUGAUUUGAAACCCGUGGCAAGAACUCCUCAUCCCCUGGAAUCUCAAGAAGCAGGAAAAGCACUCAUUUACAAAAACAAAGGAUCAUCCUUUCUGGAAAAAGAGCCUCUAUGUUUUCAUGAGGAAAAGAAACCAAGUCCCAAAGAGGUCAACUCUGAAGGGCACUUUUCUUCCAUGGCCCUCAGCCAAGAAGUAGAAAGGGAUGAGGACCAGGAUGCGUUUUCUUCUCUACCCUAUGUACAAGGCUCUGGAGUAGAGCCUGUUUUAGGAGUGGAUUUGGAGGAGAAGUCACAGCCCACCCUCCUCAUCUCCUGGUUAGAAAUCAAUAUGGGAAUGGUGUGUUAG